AUGGGGUUUCUGGCAUUUCUGAUAUUGCCGUUGCUCAUCCUGGGAAUCAGCGGAAUUAUCUAUAUCUAUCGGGAGGUUGUGCGGCUGAUGUCUCGGUCCGCCUUGAAGAAUAAAGUGGUUGUCAUUACGGAUGCCGUAUCCGGGCUGGGAAAAGAAUGUUCCAGGGUGUUCCAUGCGGCUGGAGCGCGGCUCGUCCUCUGUGGGGGAACGUGGGACAAGCUGGAAGCCUUACAUGACGCAUUGAUAAGCGUCGCCGACCCGAGCGUGACCUUCACCCCCAAGCUGGUCCUCCUGGACAUCAGCGACGUGAACGACAUCGAGGACAUCGGGAAGGAGAUUCUGGACUGUUACGGCUGCGUGGACGUAUUGAUUAAUAACGCCAGUAUGAAGAUUAAAGGGCCGGCGCAGGGCGUGACGCUGGAGCUGGACAAGAAGAUUAUGGAUGCCAAUUAUUUCGGCCCCAUCACCUUAAUCAAAGCGAUCCUCCCGCACAUGAUUUCUAGAAGAACCGGCCAGAUCGUCCUCAUCAACAACAUCCAGGGGAGGCUGGGAGUUCCAUUCCGAGCUGCAUAUGCCGCCUCUAAGCACGCAAUCCAGGGAUUCUUUGACUGUCUCCGCGCUGAAGUGGAAGAGUUCGAUGUGUUUGUCAGCACAGUCAGCCCCACCUUCAUCCGAUCGUAUCAUGUCCAGCCGCAGCCCGGGAACUGGGAGGCCUCCAUCUGGAAAUUCUUUUUCAGGAAGCUCGCCUAUGGGGUGCACCCCGUGGAAGUGGCGGAGGAAGUAUUGCGCACAGUCAGCAGACGCAAACAGGAAGUCUUCAUGGCCAAUCCCAUCCCCAAAGCCGCCAUUUACAUCCGAACCUUCCUGCCGGAAUUAUACUUCGCCGUGGUCGCCACCGGCGUGAAAGAGAAACAUUUCCUGGAGGAGGAGAAGUGAAUGUCGCAACACUGGCGAGGAGAAGCCCACUGACAGUCCUGCUGAAUUCUGACCUCUGCACGCUGCUGUCAUUG